CUCUGUCUCGCUUUCUCUCUCUCUCUCUCUCUCUCUCUCUCUCUCUCUCUCUCUCUCUCUCUCUCUCUCUCUCUCUAGUCUGUUCUCCUGUUCCUCAGUGCUGGACUCCCUGCUGUUUAAGUCAACAGAGCCUAGGGAUGCCCCCAUCCAGAGUACCCUGCUACAUGACAUCGUCAACCCGCUCCGCAGUGAAGGUUUUGUGGAAGGGAGACACAUUAUGAAGCUUCGUCAGCAGCUGCAGGAGCUUGGAUACUGCCACACAUUCACCACAGAGGAGAAAGAUCCAGAAGAGUUUCUUACCCUCAUUAUGCACCAUAUUUUCUGUCUGGAUCCUCUCCUCAAACUGUCAGCAGGGGGAAAGGUCCAGGACAGUUACUGUUAUCAAAUCUUCCUGGAUAACAACCACAGCCUGGUUCUGCCUACUGUCCAACACCUGCUGGAACACUCCUUCCACAGUGCAGGACUCAAACUGGCAGAGGUAGGGGUGUGUAUGGGUGCUGCCUGUCUGAUCCUCCAGAUGCCUCGCUUAAAGAAGUUCAAGAUGUUUCAGAAGAUUAUCCUUCACUGGAGCUGA